UGCAGCUGCACAGAGCUUGGGAUCCUGUGUGCUUCGUGCCAAAGCCCAAAGCCAAAACCGAAGGCGUCAAGGUCAAUGCAGAGGCGCGAACUCCGCGGAGGGAGAAGGAGAAGGGAACAAGACGAGCAACAGGACAAGCCAACCAACCCUUUCCAUUCCCAAAUCUUCCAGCAGGUCCCCAUUCGUCUCCAAGUCUCCGGUCUCGAUCCCUCCCUUCCAGAACAAGACAGCUGACGCCGCCGCCCCCCGCCGGCCGCACCCGUCCAUACCUCCGGCCGGCCAACCGUCUCCUCUCCCGUCUGUCCCGCUCGCUACUCCGCUUAUUCGUCACCUUCGCCCCGGCGCUCAGAUCUCCGCCGCGCCUCCUCCGCUUGAUUCCUCCACCCCGCCCCCAUUGCAGUGCGUGGGCGCACGAGGACCUGGUUUAUUCAAAUGCCUGGCAAAAUGCUUGCUUGGUGAUGUCUGGCUAUGAUUUGGGUGUUGUUUAUCAUGCAGUUGGCUUCUCAUGGCACUCAAACAGAAGAAACAAUGCAGUCUGUGCCCCACUGUGAUCACGCAGAAGUGUUGGAUUCGCAGCCAACAAGUUCACAACUAAACCUGAUAGAGAGAUCAACAGAGCAUCUAGCCUCAUCUGAAAUCAAGCCAGUUAGUGUUGAUGAUGACAAUGAAAAUGUUGAUGCCAAUGAAGAAACUCACCUUGUUAUCCAAGACGUUCCUCAGUGCCGGAUUUGCCUUGAUAAUGAAGUUGUUUGUUUUGUUGCAUACCCGCUUGGAGUAGGUGAUGACUUGAUUGCGCCCUGCCGUUGCAAGGGAACACAGAAGUAUGUCCAUAGGUCCUGUCUUGAUAACUGGAGAUCAACAAAGGAAGGUUUUGCAUUUUCACAUUGCACUGAAUGUCGAGCUGCAUUCUUUCUUCGUGCAAAUGUUCCUCCAGAUCGAUGGUGGUUAAGAUUGAAGUUUCAACUUUUGGUUGUCAGGGAUCACACAUUGAUCUUCUUUAUUGUGCAACUUGUAGUUGCUUUCAUGGGUAUGGUGGUUUACAGAGUUUAUGGAGAUGAACUGCGAGAAAUGUUUGGUUAUGAAGAGCACCCAUAUGCUUUUUAUGCCAUGGCGAUUGUUCAAAUUGCAGCACUGGCUAUUGUUUUGGUUGGUUUGCUGUAUGGGUUCUUCAUUGCUAUAAUAUGUGGACAGAGGAUAACUGAGCGGCAUUACCAUGUUCUUGCAAAGCAAGAGUUAACCAAGGAGUAUAUUGUAGAGGAUCUUGAAGGAGCUGACCAAGUGCCAGACCUUGAUCCUAACCAUGUUACAGAGUUGAAGAUAUUAGGACUAUAUUGAACAUAGCUGCAUAUAACACCAGAUAAACAUUGAUGAUGAAUCGGGAAAAGCAUACCGGAAACAAAUCCUAGGUCGAUGCUGCAAGAAAUACAUUUAUCAGUCCACUUCACCUGGAGACGUGCAAAACGGGCCUUUGCGUAGCCCAUAAAUUCUUGAGAAGCACAACACACUUGCUCAUUUGAAGAGCAACAUUUGAAGAUUCUUUUGUUCCAAUUCCAAUGUAGGUUUGAUAGCUCUCAAACAAGAUAAUAACAUUAUGGUAGAAGUGCUAGGAUGAUGGUCUGAAUGGACAUUUUUGUAAAGUAGUAGCAUAUUUCUUUUCUCCCUUGCUUCAGGUACACAUUAAGCACAUAACAGCUAAGAUGCAAAUGCUUCGUUUGUUGUACAUACCCUGUAAAACUUUACUGCCAAACUCGCAAUCCUUUGUCCUUUGAUUAUUUUGAUCGAAUCGAUGAACUAAAUAAUAUAACCUGGAGCUGGAGGUGCUCAAAA